AUGGCAAAAUUCAACCACGUGACCAUGCAAAAGUUCGCGAGACAAUAUGGUAAGAUUUACAUGAUGACAGUAAUGAGGCAGAAGAUGUUUUUUGUUACUGAUAUUGAGUUGGCGUGGGAUGCCCUUAUUCGCAGAGGAAACAUAUUCGCAGGAAGGGCAAAAUUUUUUAUCAAUGAAGGCCUACAACCAGAUGGAGCAUCCAUCGUUUUCAGUGAUUAUGGACCGCGCUGGAAGCUGUUACGAAAAGUCACCCAUUCAGCUCUUCGAAUGUUUGGAAGCGGUGUGCAAAACCUGGAGGAAAAAGUUCAACGUGAGGUGGCUGAUGUAUGCUUUCAUCUAAGAGAGUCACAAGGUGUCCCUUUCAAUCCAAAGAAACGUCUCGCCCUCGGAGUGACAAAUGUGUUAUUUUCGUGCCUUUUUGACACGCGGUUCACGGCUGAGGACGAGCAUCUGGAAGAAUUCCAAAAGUUGAACGAAGAUUGCAUGCGUCUUCUUGGAGUUGGUACGUUGCUUGACAUGUUUCCUUUCAUGAAAUAUCUUCCGCUGAGCAUUCAUAAACGCAUUCAAAGUGUCUACAGCCUGAAAAAAAAACUUCUCUGGCCUUUCGUCCAAAAGCACAAACAGACGUAUGAAGAGGGUGUCAUCCGGGACAUCACAGAUGCCCUUUUUAAGGCAAAGUACCAGGCGGAAAGGGAAGAUUCCAAAGUGAGAGGCAUGUUGAAUGACACUUUGAUUAUGGAAACGCUGUCAGAUCUCGCUAUCGCUGGCUCAGACACAACCACAGAGUUUUUGACCUGGUCUCUUCUUUAUUUGGCGUCCUUCCCAGAUGUCCAAGCGAAGAUACAUCAGCAGCUCGAUGACGUCAUAGGCCGCGACCGUCUACCUCGCAUGCAAGAUAGAGGCAGUUUGCCAUAUUUGGAGGCCACCAUCUCGGAGAUCAUACGUCAUAGCUCUUUUGCCCACGUUAGCAUCCCUCAUCGGGUGCGAAGCGACACAACCCUUGGAAAUCACGACAUUCCAGAAAAUUCUCAAGUGAUUUUCGACCUCAGAGCUAUUCAUCACGACCCGAAACAUUGGAAGGAGCCUGACGCAUUUGACCCAACGCGUUUCUUGGACGAGGAAGGUAACUUCAUUUGCCCGGCCACCCUCAGUUUCAUUCCAUUUGGUGGCGGUCCUCGUGGUUGUGUGGGUCAGUCCUUGGCUAGAAUAGAGUCGUUUUUAUUUCUAGCUGGCCUUCUUCAGCGUUUUAAAUUUGAGUUUCCCCCAGACUCCUCCCAGCCAGAUUUGGAACCGCCAGUGGACCCGAUACCACGGGGUGUCUUAACACCCAGUCCCUAUAAACUGUCUGUGACUGAGAGACAAUGAAAUGCAACUUUGGCUCAGCUUGAUAAAUCAAUUGAACACUUGGCAUUUUUUUCGCAUUCUAACUGCAUGUAAAAUUUCAAGGGGGGUGGGGGGGGGGGGAAGGGAAUGAACGUUUUACAUUUUCCAAGUUGUUUGAUUCUUACAGAGACUAGAUCCGAGGGAAAUUCAAGAGCCAAGUUUAAUUCAAAGUCAUUAUUGUGACUUUGUAUUUUUAUGAUACAGUUUUAGGACAAUUCAUACUACUGAAAUCAUGAAAACGCCAAUUCCUUAUUUCUUAAACCGUGUCCUUUAGCGAAGAGAACUGCUAUGAAUGCGACGCCAGGGUGCCUGAAAUUUGAUUUGUUAAUCUCAACUGCAAUAAAAGGUCUCCCAUCCUCAAGUUGAUCGCCUUCUUGUUCAUGCAAGUGUUACGCGUUUUGGGAACUGAACACGACCUUCCAAGGGACACUGUAUCACUUAUUCGUUACGUCUUCUGAAAUAUCCCGACAUCUUUGAUGUGACGUGGUAAUUUAGUGUUAUCAACUGAGUUGAAAACGUAAACUGGCUACCGUAAAGAGUUUGAAGGCUGACGUUUCGAGCGUUAGCCCUGCGUCAUUCGCUCUGACCAAGAGCCAACGCUCGAAACGUCAACCGUUCAACUCUCUACGGUGGCAAAUUUGCGUUUUCAACUCAGUUGAUAAAUAGAGAAUAAUAGAUUGGUGCGCGUAGAUAUGGAAUUUCUCUUCGAGUGUAUAACUCGAAAGCUCACGAGUGAGCACAGCGACGAGUGAGAUGUCAAGUUGAACACGAGAAGAGAAAUUCCAUAUCUACAAGCAACCAUGUACUAUUUUGUUUAUCAUAUAAAUACAAUAGCCCUUUAUUGAGAAGAAAAGCCGACUUCAUUUACGAAUGAAAAGAAAUGAAUCGACAAACCCCGAAUAACAAUCGUAGAGUGCGUUGGCGCUAACUCCUAAGAUGCAAAAGUGCGUUGAAUGAUGAUUACAAGAACAGCAAUGGUCGUAAUUUUCAAUUUACAAAAUUCUUAUUUGUCCUUACCGACAGAAGAAGUCUUUCAGGUAAACGGCCAAAAUCGGCUAGUGGCAAAUCUUCCAGUUGUCGAUUUUCAUUCUCAGACGAGAGAAAUGCUAACACCAAAGCCACUGAAUACGUAACUUUCGGUUUUUCUUUUAGUAUAUUGGUUUUCUUCCCCGUCUAGGAAAGUAUGAACCUCACUGUCUGUCAGCGAUACGGAUUGUUUAGUGUUUUAGCCGCCCUAAUUCGAGAAAGCUCCUACAAACAACUUGUAUUGAGAAUCGUGAAGACUUUGUUUCAUUCAUCAACCUGACCGAGUGGCGCGUGAAGUGUCUAACCUCCUUCUUAGAUGUCCAAGGGAAGAUACAUAGUCAGCUGGAUGACGUCAUAGACUCUAACUGUCAGCCUCGCUUGCAGGACAAAGGCAGUUUACCAUAUCUAGAGACCACCACGAUGGAGAUAUCGCGCCAUAGCUCUCGGGUUUACGCCACUCGGCCUCAUCGAGUGUUCAGUGACACAACACUUGGAAGGUACGACGUCCCAGAAAAUUCUCAAGUGAUUUUCGACCUCAUGGUUGUUCAUCAAGACCCAAAACAUUGGAAAGACCUAGACACGUUUGACUUAACGCAGUUCUUGGACGACGACGGAAACUUCGUUUACACAGUUACCUUUGGUUCCAUUCCGUUUAGUGGCGGUCCUCGGGGAUGUAUAGGCCAGUCGUCGGCUAAAAUUCAAAUUUCCUCUUUUUAGCUGGCCUUUUUCAGAAGGAUCAACCCAGCCAGAUUUGAAUGCGCUUCCAGACUCCAUUUUACGUGGCAGAUUUUAACUGAACAUUCCGUUAAAAUUAUACCGUUUUAAGUAACCUUUCUCUACUGUAGAAAAUAACUCCAGAGAUACGUUUCUCAAAACUUCAUUUGGGUAUCUUCUAUUCUUUAAGCGUAUUUUGAAACUCUCUACGUUUUUAUCAAACAUGGAGCUUGAUGAGUUCGUUCUUAGGAGGCGCUUCUCCUUUCAAGAAUCUUCAUUUAUCCCUAACACGAAAAAGAGCUUUGUGUAUUAGGAGGUGUCUGUCUCUUUGUUAUUUGUUUGAAUGUCAAAGGUUGAUUCCCUGUCAAGUAACUCGCGUCUGGGAAUGUAAUUUCUAACUUUGAUAUUAUUUUUACAGCCAUCGUCUGUGUGUAACUGCUUCUAUUUGUGUAAUUUUCUUUCUAAGGCAGACUGCAGAUUCGAUUCUUCCUGAUUCUCGUCAGUUGCCUCCUAAGGACGAAUUCGACACGGAGGAAUGGCGGGGGUCGCACAGGCCUGUCGACGCGUACGCUUUUACAACUUUCAAAGGAACGGCAACAUCCCUCUUACAUAUUGAUGCUAUUUUCGCUGCCACCAAAGAUGUUCACUCGACCGCAACAGGAUGCAAAUGACUUCAUUUUUUCUUUUACGACCAUGAUGCAACGCAAUCAGAUUGCGAAUUACACAUGCCCACGUGGUAACCUCACUCUUGUUCACGUGUCAUCCUAAUUUUAUCAGAAAGGGAAAUCACAUUUAUCCAUAUAAUCACGUGGUUAACAUACCGUUGUUCACAAGAGACUUGUCAUUUGCUAGUAAACAACAACUGUAAACAGAUUCUUAAAUCCGUGAACUGAGCAAGUGAUCAGGGACCGAUCGAGUAAACUCGAGCGAGCAUUCAACACGCAUCUGUUCGCCGCGAUACUAUAUACUAUCCUUUUUUAACUACGAGGUGAGUGAAUUUGUAUCUGAAAUCUGACAUGAUUAUUAUUGAUCUCUAAAUAUGCUCUCUAAACUUAUUUGAGUUGACGCCAAAUUGAUGGAAGGAUUUGAAAUUACAUAACUUCUGUCGGAAUCGACAUAAGUGUAUGGAUUUCAAGUUAUUAUGACGGUGAAACUCAAGUUCUUAGAAGUGCAGUCUCUCUCAGAAUUUUAUUUAAUAAUGAUAAAUUGUCGGUUAUGAUUAGCUGAUAAAAAGAAGCAUGUGCAAUAUCACGCGUGCUGAAAUGCAAAUUUUUGACACGAUAGUCGCAAGAACUGGGGUCAUAUAUAUUAUCCUCGAAAGCUUGAGCAUUAUGGUUUAGAGCGUCACCCCCGAAAAAAAUGGCAUUAUGCCGAAAAUUAUGCUCAGAAUUUAAAUAUCGUUUUUAAGGUAAUAACUCAAUAUAAUAUAAAAGCUCCUAGGACCCUCAACCUCCCCUUCCAUUCCCACCACCUCUUAAAACAGGUCAAACUUGCUAAAAAUAAAAAGCUUACCGAACUUCAGAACGUAUCAUUAAUCUGGAUAAAAUUCCCACAGUGCAGGUAAGCAAUACAGACAGCUGUUGACAGUUCUCAGGCUACAGAAUUUGUCUUUUGUUGAACAGUAACAUCAAGGAAUUUUUUUUAGAAGUUUGUUCAUUGUGGCAGCAGCAUUAUAUAUGAUCGACACUCUGACUAUAGAAUUCUGCCUCAAAUUAUAUCAGCCAGUAUAGUUAAUUUCACCCUAUUUUAAAAGAAGUCUUGGAUAUCACCUGAAGACAGAUCUAAAACGUUCCUCUCGCAUUCACAUUUGUCUAAUGCUUUCCGCGGCGUUUUCUAAGGAUGUCAGUCUGCGCAUUUGCGAAAGAAACUUAUCGAAGUCAGUGCAAGUAGAGAUUGACCGCUUCCCCAAUUCAGUUUUAAACUUUUUUGACUCAUCGAGGUAAGGUACCCCCCUUCCCCCACCCUACACUACUUCAUUACAGUACGCUCUUGUGUUUAAAGAUCUUCAGGUCAAGGUAUUUUGGAUAACUUUGUCUGUUCGUUUGAUUUAACUUUCAAAUUUCCAGAGGAGCAGUCUCUCAUGGAAAAAUUCACAUUCGCGAAUUAUGUUUGACCUUGGAGGCAAAUCUUACAUAAUGAUAUUUUCCAUUCAUCUACUAUGUACCGACUAGCUCAAAAAUCUUGCUGGCUUGGGUUUCGCGAAUCGCUGUGAUUUGUGCUUCGCGGGAGCAAAUUUUUACGCUACGAGAUGGUUGAAAUUCUUAUUGGUAAUGCGUCGAUCAAUUCGAAGCUGCCAAGAAACGCGUUAAGAUGGUACGUGAGACGAAUGCGCAAAGCACUAUCAACGGUGGCAGUGUUCUAUGUUGUUUGAUCCUUACUUUCAGUUUGAUGCUUUUGAAUUUUUCCAGAUUAUUAUCAAAAUUAAAGAGCCUUACAAAAAUGUUAUCAUGUCUUCCAACCCUUGUACACGCAGGAAAGUAGGUAAUAAACAGAAUUCAAACGAGCACGCAUGUACUAACGUUGUAUAGGCUGGGUGGCGUCCUUUCAGGCUGUCAGAGCCAAGUUUCUCGCUCGAGUGCAAAGAACCACACAAGCCAUCGCGGUCAUCAAAAAGUAGAGGUAAGGCAUUACGAAAAAUCGGAUUAAAAAAAUUAUGAUUUUCGUACCACGAAAAAAGAAAAUUUUCACAGUUCACGAGGUUUUAGUUUUGUGUUUUCUUCGGUCACCAAAAUUAAAAAAACCUAAUCUCGCAUCGCGAGAAAAAAACCCUUUCACCCUCUUACAAAACAGACUGGUAAAUCUAAAGGAUACUUGUAUUUGAAUGCUAAGCUUUGUCUUAGAUAAUUCUCGAGUUUUCCUUUUCCCCUCUCAUUUUCCUUUAGCAGGUUUUUAUAAGCGUUUUGUUUGUCUUCCGUUUUUCUCAUAUGCUUGUCUUUGAAAUUUUGCGCGGGAAAUGGACGCGCGGGCGGCCAAAUUGAUUCCCUUUCGCAUGCCCAAGGUUUGAUUGCUGCGUUCAUACUGCAGAAAAGCGUUUUUCACGAUCUUGACCCACUAUAACACCGAAACUCAUCAGUUAUAUGAAUUGUUGCCUUUGUUACUGCGGAAGAGGGGAUCAUAGACUCUAAGGGAUCUCAACAACUCUCAAAAUUUCUUAAGCAGCUCUUGUCCUUAUUACUCCAAGAACAAACUUGUCAUUUAAAAAGAAUGGCUUCCUCGGAAACUUAAGUAAAAUGAGUCAAACUGUUAGUACAUUAUAGCCUUCGUAAAGGAGUAUUAUUUCAUAUUAGAGAACUGAAGGAAAGUAAUUCUUUUCACUGAAUAACAGCUAAAAAGAAGACAAACAUACAAAAAUAAACAUAAAAAAUUAACCGGACACUUUAUUUUUAUUUCUCUUUCAGCUACAUGAAUUAAUCUUGUUGCCAUGCUUUGGAAAGCACUGAUUAUCUUCAUCAUUUCAAGUCUACUGUAUCUUACAGUGAUGCGCCGCUGGUCUGAGCGAAAGUACCACUUUCCUCCUGGUCCGUGCCCUUUACCUUGGAUAUGA